ACAACCCAUCCGAUAUCACCAAGCCCACCCCAACAACAAACAGCCCACCUUAACUGUUAACAUCUUCUCCACGAACCCUUAACCAAGGACCUCUCACCUAAACCAUCACAAAAAAAUCAUGGCCAGAUCCUACGCCAACAUCCCCCCCUACACGCCGAUGAAAUCCCUCGGCCACGAACUCGGCAUCCUCUUCGGGUUCCUGGUGGCCUGCUUCGUCGUGAUGGCCGUGUACGUCCACUUCUGGAACGCCGCCGAACGCCGCGAAGCCCACCGCGACAAACUCCGCCACCAGAUGCUGGACACCCGGCGCGUGGACCCGCGCCUGCACCAGCGCCUGCACCCGGACUACCGGCCCAUGGGCACCUCGACCACCAUCACGGCCGGGUCGACGACCGUCCUCGGGGGCGGGAGCAGUGUCGCGGGUGGCUAUGGUGGUGGUGGUGGUGGUGGUGGUGGCGCAGGCGCAGGUACAUCAACCCCGACGACGGUCACGGCCACGGCAUCUGGCUCGGCGAUCGGGAUCGAGAAGAUCAUUGAGAAGCGCGCGGAGUUGGCGGGAUUGCACCAUCACCAGCACCAGCAGAUACCUUCACAGGCUGAGGAGGAGAUCGGGGUGGCGGUUACGACGCUGAGUGAGGGAUACGAUGGGAAGGGCGAGGGGAAAGAGAAGUGGCCGGGGAGGAAAGUGUCUUCUGCCUUUGGGUUGGGGUUGGGAUUGGGGAUGGGGAAACGGCAUCUGAGUUUGAGGUCGCAUCCGGUUGGCGGGGAUUCGGGGGAUUCUGGGGCUGGAAGUGAGGUGAAGAGGGCGGGGAGUAUGGGAGUGGGAGUGGGAGUGGGAGGGUCUUCCCCGGUGGCUCCGUCCGCGGUGGGGGGGCGGACGGGCAGUAGUAGUGGGCAGCGGGGGAAUGAGGCCGGCGGCGGCGGCGGCGGGGUGGAGAUGGAGGUUAUUGGGUGGAAGGGGGGGCAUUGAUCUCGGACUGGAUAUCGGUGCGCGAGGGGAGGCGUUGAUGUUUCGUGGUUUAGUUCAUAGUUGCAGAAUACUAGGAAGGACUUG